GUCCAUGAGAAGGGGUGCCACGGCAGCUUCUGCGAGGAGAAGAUCUGCACCCCCGAGAUCUUGGAGGACGACGACGGGAACAACCGCGACCCAAUUUGUGGGACAACCAGUGGGACAACCACGGCACGACAAACAGGACCUGGACCUGCUGGACGGCACUGGCGGGAAGCACCUGACGCGGGCAGGCAGCCUCGGCUCGCUCGGCGGCGGCCCCAGGGCUGCGGCGAAGCAGGCCUCGAAGGACUGCGGGGGCCCGGGGAAGAUCCUCGUCACCUGGCUGGUCGAGGCCAUGCGCCACCCGAGCCUGUGCAGGUGGCUCAGCGGGGAGCUCGGCUGGACCUUCAACCCGCGCGACCUCGACCAGGUGCUCCAGGCCCAGCAGAGGAUCGAAGUGGACGACAGGCUGUGGGCGCCACCUGGCGCGCGUUCCAGAAAUUUGGUCAUCCACGAGGUCGUCUCGUGCAUCCGCACCCACAGGCGCGCAGCGGCAAGCCGCGGCCGCUCCAACUCUGCACCGGCGCCCUCCGGGUCCGGCGCCGCAGCCGCUGGCGCAGACGUCGGCGAGGCCGCCGCCGCCGCCGUGGUCGUGGUCGUGGCCGUGGUGCGCCUCGCCGAGGCCGUCGCUGCAGUCGUCGCAGGCUCCGCGGCCGUGGCCGUGGUCUUUGCCGUGGCCGUGGCCGUUUCGUGGCGGGGCGCGUGGGCCGCGAGGGAGCAGCGGCGCUUGGCCGAGGACGCGGCCGCCGAGAAGGAGCGCGAGACGAUGGAGGACAUCGAGCGGGCGCUGGCGAAGAGCCGCGCCGCCGUGCAGCGGGCCGCGGAGGAGGAGGGGCGGCCGUACGGCGACUGCUGCUACGCCUACAACGCCGAGCUCCGCGGCGCGGGGGACGGCUGCAGGCACGGCGCGGAGUGGUGCGUCAGGAGACAUGAGCGCAUACCUGACGACAUCUUCAAGUCGGUGAAGCCACCAGACGCCCUGUGCGUGCCGCCCGCGCAGCGGCGCUCCAAGAGCGUCGUGCUCGACGCGGACAUGGCGGCGUGGCUGCACAGCGCGGCCGUCGAGGCAAUGAUCGUCGACGGGCUCCAGGCGUUGUGGUUCAUGCCAAUGCAACCCGACCAGCUGCCCUGGGCCACCGCCUGUGUGGCCGCGACCGCGUGGUUGCUGCAAUCUGUCUGGCCCAUCGCGCCUGUGGCGCCGCCGGUGGAGCCACCGGCGCCGUCGCACGAGCAGGCCUGCUCGUGCGACGAGGAGCUGCGCGAGCUCCUGCAGGCGCGCGGGGACCUGGAGUGGUACCGGCUCGCCUGCUUCGCGCUCGCCUGCGCGGGCCUGGUGCUGGGCGUCGCGUCCAGCUGCCUCGCGCUGCUGGCGGCCGGGUGCUGUGGGGCCGGGGGCGGCCGCGCGGCCGCGAAGCCGACCCCUCCGCCAGCCCGGCGGGACGCCCCGGCGGCUGCGGCGACGCCCGCCGUGCUGGCAGCUCUCGCUGCUAGCGAGGAGCCGCAGAUCCUGCUGCGGGACGACGCGCACGCGACGCACACGUGGCACCACCUGGUGCUGCUGCGGCGGCUGCGCGAGGCUGUGUGGGUCGCGUGCUUCCCGGACGAAGGGAUCGAGAGCAUCGACUUGGCUGGGCGGACGCUGCUGACGCUGGCCCCAGGGGCUCGUGUCGGGGACGCCCAGGCGGGCGACGUCAGGAUGUGCGACGCGACGUUGCCCGAGCGCCUGGCGUCGCUGCACGCACAGGCGGCACGACUGGCUGCCGUGCUGACUGGAGGUGCGGCCCCGACUGGGGGCACCAUCCCCCAGACCAGCUGGCGCGUGGCCGACACCUCAGCGGUCGAGUUCGGCGAGGAGGUGGCGGCCGACGUCGUCGAGGGCAUGGCGACGGGGGUGAAGCGAGGUUCAGUCGGGCUGGCGCUGGUGGGCAAGCCGGGGCGCUGGCUGGCCGUCGAGCUCGUGCCGAACAGCGAGAUGGGCGCGUGGCUGGUGGACAAGCACUCGGGAGCAGGCCGGGAUCCUCGGCUGGCGUCCUCGGCGUCGCACGACGCCGCUGCGGGUGCACAGCCCCUCGGCCUGGCCAUGCAGAACUUCAGGCCCGUCGAGCUUGCCCAGAUGCCGUCGUGGCCCCACCCGGGGCCACGCGCGGUCGUCGAGCUGCUCCAGGGCAUCCACGCGCUGGGACUCACGACGGCGACGUACCACGUGCACUGGGUCCGCGAGUCCGGGGUGCACGCGGAGAGCGCCGUCGCCUGGGAGCACCGGAUGCUGCUGCAGAUCCUGGGGCUGGCGGUCGGAUACGACGGGCUCGACCCCACCAACUGCGGCUCGCUGGAGCUGGCGGCCCGGCGGAUCGUGAUGAUCGAGCGGGCGGUGAAGGUCAACCCGAAGUCCCCAUGCUUCGACGGCCUGCACAAGAUGAUCGAGCACAACCAGGACGAGAAGGGGGGAGUGGCGACGCAGCAGUUCACGACCUACUUUGCGCAGCAGGCCGAGGUCGAGGCCCGCGUCCUCAAGCAGAACAGGCUGCUCCGGGAGGAGCUCGAGGCCAAGCGGAAGGAGAAGGACAAGAAGAAGCAUGGCAAGGACGGCGACAACUACGCCCGGCUGGUGCAGGGCACGUCCUUGCGGGAGCGGCUCCUCGGCGACUACGCCGUGGCCCUCUCCAGCCUGUCUCGGGCGCAGCCGCGACGUCCACUUCUUCAUGGGCUUCGUGGCAGCGAACUCGACUUCGAGGCGUGCUCGGCCUGGCAGCGUCGGGCCUUGCAGCGCGCCUCCGCGGCCUUGGAUCCUGUGCUUCAGGAUCUGCCGCUGGAGAGCGAGUCGGCCGCGCUGUCCGACAUCCUCCACUCAGAUGACUUGUACACCUUGACUGGCGGUGCCGCGUUGGGCACCUAUGAUAUCUCUCGACUCCGCGUGGCUCGGGGCGACCUGCAGCCGAAGGAAGUAUCUUCCAUCACUUCGGCGACGGCUGCCGAGUUCAUCCUCGACCCAGCCACCCACAUUUUGAAGUCGGACGCCGAGCUGGCCUCCGACGUGGACAGCGGAGCGCUUAGAGGCAAGCCGUACUGGGACCCGGUUCUCAAAGGGUCCCGGCACAACAUGAUUGAGUUUCUGACGGCCUUGUCGGGCAGCGGUCUGCUCACCUGGCGGCGCCGGGUCCACAGUCGGGUCGGGUGCUUCUUCGUCAAGAAGAAGAACAACAUGCUCCGGCUGGUGCUCGACGCGCGGUGGACCAACAAGCUCUGCAAGCGACCACCGCUCUCGCGGCUGGCCGUGCCCAGCGCCCUCGCCCGACUUUCGACUUCGCCGGAGGCCGUGGCGAUCGAGGGGGCUGAGCUGAAGGCAGCCGGCGUCUCGGUGACGCCGGCCGCGGGCGGCGGCGACACCGAGCUGUGCGGGUUCAGCGUGGACCUGACCGACGGGUUCUACCAGUUCAAGUGCGAGACCAUGGCCAGCUACUUCGGCCUGGGCUUCGUCAGCACGGCGGCCGAGAUCGCCACCGACUUCGGAACGACUCUCACCGAGGUAUAUGACGAGCGGGCCGGGGGCCCUUCCCAGGUGGACGCUCACGAACGUCUCGAGGCCUGCUUCCUGGGCAUGGCCAUGGGCUGGAGCUGGGCGCUCUACUUCUGCAACGAGACGAUCAGCGACGUGAUGCGGCAGGCGCUCGAGCACCACCUGCUGCCGACGACCUUGGUUGGGGACCGUCAGCGGCCAGCGACUUUGCAUCCCUUGGCCCCGGCCAUGGCCCCGUACGUCGACAAUGUCAACAUGGUGGCGAUGGGGGUUCAGAAAGGGCGCGAGGUGUUCAGCACGGUGCUCCGGCUUCUGGCAGAGCGGGGCCUCGUCCUCCGCGACCACGUUGACGGCGAGCGGGACUUCGAGUUCCUCGGCAUGGUCCUUGAUGGCGACCGCCGCCGCCUGCGCCACACCGCGCGACGGUCGUGGCGAUUGUGGCUCGCGCUGGGACGGCUGCUUCGCUUGGGGCGCUGUUCUGGCGACGCACUUCGUGUUGUUCUGGGGCACCUGUGUCAUCACUUUGGGCUUCGUCCUACGGGACUCAGCUGCUUGCAGUUCGCGUACCGAUUUGCCUUCGAUCACGGGGGGAACGUGCGUCCGCUCUCGUCGACUGUGUGGGACGAGCUGUGGAUCUGCCGCUCACUCGUGCUGACGGUGGACGUCGACCUGAAUCGCAGUUUCUCUAGACACCUGUUCUGCUCGGACUCUUCUGGCGACGGCUACGCCCUCCACGAGGCCCCAGCAGCGCCUCGGGAGGUAGCGGGGCUCGCGCGCUGGAAGGAGCGCUGGAGGUUCCGCGAGGUUCUGCAGCCUGGCGGGGUGUCGGCCGGCGGCGAGGCCCCCAGUGAGCCCGCCGCAGGGUGGGCCGGCAUCGGCUCGGCUUGGGCGGACGGGAUGCUUGGCCCCGCGGCCCCAGAUCAGCGGCCUGCGGCUGCCGACCUGAUGUGCGUGGAGCGGCAGCCGAGGGUGAUGUCCUUCAGCAAGACGGGCAUCCCGGCCGUACCGCAGACGGUCACGCACCCAGGGCGCUGGCGGCUGGUGGUGGCCGGGGCGUGGUCUGGGAGCAGCACAAGGCUUCCGAUCCACAUCCUCGAGUGCCGGACCUCGCUGAUGGGGCUGCGACGCGCGGCUGUCUGUCGGGCGGCCGAGGACUCGAUCGUGGUCUCGCUUGGUGACAACAUGGCGGACGUGCUGGCCACCGAAAGGGGCCGAGCCUCCGACUUCGGCCUGAACGCUCUUUGCCGACAGUCGUGUGCGUGGCAGUGGGCGGCGGGCGUUGACUGGAGGCGACGGCACGUGGAGUCGGCGCGGCGUGUGUCCGACUUUGACUCCCGCCGCGCCAACCGGGGCGAGCUCAUGCCAGGCGAGACCUUCGUGCCGAGCGGGCCACAGCGACAGCGGGCGCGGCAGCGCUGCGCCGCCGUAGCGAGUUUGCUGCUGAGGCGGACCGAGGACUGUCAGGAUCGCUCGGGGAAGUUUUCCGCUUGUGGCGCGGACGCGGUCUCCUCGGGAGUUGCCGGUGAGACUCGUCCCGGCCAUGCGGCGGAGCGCCAGGCUCCCGCGGCUGCGCGGCCUAGGAGGCGCUUCUUUCUCGAGCUGUUCGCUGGUCACGGGCAUCUCAGCGGCGCCGUGCUACACACCGGGCUCGAGGUCGCAGCCCCGUUUGAGAAAAAGAACGGUGCCCACCUCGACCUUCUCGACCCGCGCGUCAUCAGCCUGGUCCUCCAGUGGAUUGCCCAGGGGCGUGUCUGGUGGAUCCACUUUGGGACUCCCUGCGCUUGGGCUUCGCGGGCGAGGUCUACGGGGUCAUCGCAGUCUGCAGCGGCCGUCUCGGGGCGCGAGUGCGCAGAGGUCACCGUGAGGUUCCUGAAGGCCAUCAAGAGAGCCCUCAACAAGCACCUCACCUACAUCACACUCGAGAACCCUGCUACUUCGGCCCUCUGGGAGUGGGAGCCCCUUAGUCAGGCCCUGUCGUCGCUGGAGGCCAAGUUCGUUGAUUUCGACAUGUGUAGGUUCGGCACGCCGUAUCGGAAGGCCACCCGCUUCGCUUUCACGCAACCGCGUCUUGAGGAGUAUAUCCAGCUUCGGUGUUCGUGUUCUGGGCCUCACCUCAUCUUGCAAGGAAAGGUAACGAUCCCAAACGACAACGGAUUCCGCAGUGUGUGGCUCACCGAGCUCGCGGGCAAGUACCCGCCGCGCCUGUGCCGGGCGGUGGCGCACUGCGCCCAGCUGGCCGCUCCCCCAGCAGCGGACCAGGCGCCGACCCCGGACGCUCUAGUGCUGGCCGCGACCCAGCCAGACGGGGAGGCUCCGACGCCGCUGCGCCGCCCCGCGACCGCCCUCGCGACGCCCGCGCGGCGCCCAGCGGCGGCCGCGCCGGCCCAGCGCGAGGAGCGGGCCGCCCGCAGGGCGAGUGCGGCGGCGAGCGCGGUGGCUGCCGCGGCGCCGGCCCUCACGGACCUGACGCAGGUCGAGGCGCAGUCCGUGUCGGAGGAGACCCGCCGGACCUACGCCAAGGCAUACAACGCGUUCGAGCUCCACGCGGUCCAGCACGGCCUGCAGCUGCACAGGAUGAGCACAAACACCCUCGACGAGGCGGCGGCGCAGUACAUCAACGACGAAAUGUACCUGAAAGGGCUCGACGUCUCCGCGCCCCGCAACCUGCGGUGCGCGAUCAUCUUCGUGAAGGCGCUGCCCAAGGGGUCGCUUCCGCGCUGCCAGCGGGCCAUCAAAGGUUUCCUCAAGGACGACCCGCCCCGGUCGGAGGAUCCGUGCCCGAUCGAGGCCGCCGCCAUCUUGGCCUUCGACCUCUUGGGGCAGCCGACGGUCACGGCGGCCGCCGCCGGGCUCGCCUUUCUCACGCAGUACGACACGUUCGCGCGGCCCUCGGAGAUCUUGAACCUGAAGAAGGAAGACGUCAUCGUGCCGAGCGCCGCCAACUACAAGCAGACCUGCAUCAUCGUGGCCCCGCAGACGGCCAAAGGCAGCUCGACGCCGGCGAAGCCGGCAAAGUCAGGCGAGUUCGACGACACCGUCGUCGUGGGGCUCGAAGGGCUCGGGCUGCCGUUCGUCCCUCAGCUGCUGCAGUCCCUCAGAAGCCAGGCGCCCAAAGGCUCGAAGCUCCUGGCCCCGCUGACGCUGCCUCGCUACGAGAAGGAGAUCAAAGAUGCGGCAGUGCGCUGCCGCCUGACCGACCUGAACAUCACGCCGCACUCAGCCCGCCACGGUGGGCCGUCCACGGCCGCCCACCGGAAGUUGCUCAGCCUGGCAGAGAUCAAGAAGAGGGGACGUUGGCUCACGUCCAAGUCGGUGGCCCGCUACGAGAAGACCGGAAAGCUCCUCCGCCAGGUCGCCGUCAUGGGAACCAGGGACGUCGCUCGCGGCUUGCAGCUCCUGGAAGGCAAGCGCGGCCCAGCCUCCUCAGAGCUGGCAGCUCGCGCGCUGCUGGUGGCCAAGAAUAUCCACCGGCUGCGCCGAGGCGUGCCGGCGCGCGUCGCUGCUGGACAGCACGCCCCGAGGCUAAGGGAGGCCGCCGAGGAGACGGGCGAGGGCGCCCAGGAGCCUCGGAGCCCCUGGCUCAUCACGAGGGUGGCUCGUUUGCCCUCCACCCUCUUAGCGCCUCCCGAGCACGCUGCCCCGCACGAGCUCGCCCUGGACGCCCGGCGCUCCGUGAGCGUGCGGCACUCCGUGAGCGACGCCCGCGGCUCCCUGCGCAGCGGGCACGCGGAGCUCCGGGGGCUCCCCGCGGACCGGCGCUCCGUGAGCCUCCCCGCGGCGGCAGCGGCUCAGCCUGCGAAGUUCCAGAAGGCCAUCCCGAUGCCGCCGAUCCCAUCGAGUACCAUCGAGAUCGACCAGUCCGACGACGGCGCCAAUACCAAGUGCGUCUGCUACAUCUGCGGCCGCACAGCCGCCAAGCAGGGCAUGGCAGAAGUCGUAUUCAUCACGGACCGCCCUCGGCAACCAGGCGACCUCCAACAGAUCAUGGCCACCAGCACGGUCACCAGCGCGAGUGGACUGGAUUACAGCACGAUCGACCCCGACAACGACCACCAAGCACAGACAUCGGAUCACGGCUUACAGUUCAUCCGCGACAGGACUAUCUUCUGGAAGCUUCCCGAGAGCCACCACAUCAUCAAUCACACGGCAGCUACGGGCAGCACGGCCAACCACUACGAGCUUGGGACCAUCAAGAUAGUUUAUAACUCAGCAUAUCCCACACACGAAACCAAGCUGACAGAGACCGCCGCUGAUGAUUUCGAAUUCACCGCAGCCGCCCAGCUCGUCGAGAUGAUCAUAGCGAGAUUGGGCUUUCGACUAGCCAGCGCCGCACCAACCAACGCCAUGGACACCAGCUACGACAGGUACCUCAACCACGACCAGCAUUGGGACAUCUCCAGUGGCGACAACAGCGAAUGCACCGCCAGCAGCCACACCGCCGCCAACUACAGCCGUAGCUACCACAAGCACGGCUACGAGACGCCACGCUGCGGAGCGGGCUUUAGUACGGAAGCAAUCGCAGACACCACGGAGCACGGUCUGACACCAGGAGAAGUAUGUCAUGGCGCGCCGCUCGGCUCGGAGUGGGGCGUGCGGGCGACGGGCGGGCCAGAGACGCCCGCGAAUGCUGGCACGGACGGCUCUGCCAACUUCUGCGGACCGACCAGCCUUGGGGUGGAGGCGGCGUUGGACGCACCCUCAGGCCAUUAG